AUGACGGAUGACGUCACCACGAGACGCGAUGCUCAUGGCUCCACCUCACAACAUGACGGCCAGCCGAUACUGCUGGCGUCGACCAUCGCCGCGUUAGGAGGCCUCGGCCUGCCGCCCGACUUGGAGGGGCUCCUUACCCGCCGUGAUGAGAGAGACUGCGGUGCUUCCGGCGGGGAUGCUGGUUCCGCGGAACAGGCGGAGCGGAAGGCUCUGGGGGAGGAAAUCGGAAGUCGGUGCGGGGAUGCGGCGGAGGAGGUGCUCACGCACGAGGCGACCGGAGGCCACCGGAAAGGGCAGGCGCGCGGUGAAGAAGGAUUGGCGGAGCGGAAAGCGCCCAUCUUCCGCGUGGCCCCGCUGACGGGGCUAGUGCCUGCACACUUGCACGAGCACUGGGGAAGGCGGAGGCGUGUGGGGGGAGCGAAGGGGGAGGGGCGGUGGGUGUCGGAGAGGGCGAGUGAGGAGGAGAGCGUGGUGGCAGUGGGGGAGGCGGGGCUGAGGCGACUGGGGAUGUGCGCUGGGGACAUGGUGGCGGUGGCGCUGCUGCCAUGCGCGCCAGGCGCACUGGCCGCCCAAGUCAUGCCCGCGCGCCUGCUGUUGUGGCGAGAAGGGGCGCGGACGGGCAGUGCCGGCAGGCGAGGCAGCAGGCGCAGGAGUAGGAGUGGGGCUGGCGGGGGCACGGCGUGGGUGUCGCCGCUGCUGGGGUUCAACCUGGGCCUGCCGGGGGGAGUGAUGGGUGGGUGGGAGUGCAGUGAGGGGGCGGAGGGGAACGAUGAGCUGGGCGAGUCUGCGGACGAGCAGGGGAGUGAAAAAGAGGAGGAGGAGGAGGAGGAAGAGGAGGGGGAGGAGGAGGAGGAGGAGGAGGAGAGGCAGGGAGCGUUCAGGGCAGGGCGGGCAGCAUGGGCGGGCAUCCGCGUGCUCAUUCUGCCCCUCCCGGCCCUGCCCUUGCUCGAGGCCUCCUCCAUGCAGCCCCCCCUGGCAGCGGAUGCGGAUGGGCGCACGGCGGAAGGGCAGAUGGCCGUGCGCGUGGGCGUGGCCAGUGUGGUGCGCCUUGCCCCCGUGCGCUGCCCCUCCGCCCUCCCCCCCUGGCACGCUGUAGGGGGAAGGGGAAGAAGGGGGGAGGGAGGGCGGGGGGGAGAGAGGGGAGAUGGCAGUGGGGCGGUGGGAGGGGGGAUGGGGAGGAGAGGGAGGGGGAAGGAGGGGCAUGCAUGGGCCAAUAGGCAUGUGCCACGUCAUGAGGAGAGAGAGGGGAGGCAGGAUGGGGAGGAGCAACGCGAGCAUGCGGGCAUGGGUGGGGAGGAAGGGUCAGAGGAGGAAGGGGAGGGGGACGAGGAGGAGGAGGAGGAGGAGAGGGCGUGGGAGAGGGAGGCGAGGCAGAGGGAGGUGGACGAGGGGGUGCGGCGGGCUGUGGUGCGGCAGCGGUUCGUUGCGGUGGGCGCGUGUUUCCUCACGGUGCUGGGCGGUCGAGAGAGCGUGGCUCGCAUGGUACGAUCAGUUAUAGUGGGUCGAGGGGCAAGGAGAGGAAGGGGGGGCGGACGGGAGGAGGAGGAACGGGGAACAGAAGAGGAGGAGGAGGAGGAGGAGGAGGAGGAGGAGGAGGAGGAGGAGGAGGAGGAGGAGGAGGAGGAGGGGGAGGAGAGGGAGGCACGGGUGGUGUAUCUGAGGGUGAUAGCAGUGCACCCCCCCGGCAGCACCAUCUACGCCAUCCACCCCCACUCCACCCACCUCCUCCUCUCCGCCUCCCUGCCCUCGCCCCUGCCACCUGUCGCGCUGCGAUUCGCCGGGGAUCUAGCAGGGUAUCCCCUGCCGCCCGAGGCUGGGCGGCUGGUUCGGGUGCUGGCUCCAGCGCUGCUGCCCGUGGGGUGGGGGAGGGAGGGCGGGGAGGGCGGCGGAGGGAGCAGUGUGGUGGGGGGCAUGGCGCCAUCCGCGUUCAGCUGCGCACUGCUGCUCGUUGGGCCCUCUGGAGUGGGGCGGCGAACAGCAGUGCGGGCGGCGUGCCAGCGCAUGGGCGUGCACUGCGUGGAGUACAGCAGUGCCGACCUCGCUGCCUCCUCCAAUGAAAGCGCGACAGCUGGCGCUCUGCAAGCCGCCUUUGAAACAGCGAGCCGCUACUCGCCAGCAGUGCUGCUGCUGCGCCGCUUUUCCGCCCUCCUCACGGCCUCAGACGCCCCCGACGCCUCUUCCUCCGCCGCGCUGUCUCUGCUCGCCCACACGCUGCGCGGCUGCAUCCGCUUCUUCUCCCGCCCCCAUGGGCCUUCCAGUGCAGCCCCACCCCCCUUGCACACUGCACCAGCCGCAGCUGUAGCAGGAGGGGGAGGUGGAGGGGGAGGUGGAGGGGGAGGGGGGGUGGCGGUGGUGGUGGUGGCGUGUGUGGAGGAGGGGGAGGCGGAGGGCAUGGGCGUGGCGGUGAGGCGGUGCUUCACUCACGAGCUCGCUGUGGGGCCGCCGGAUGAGAUGCACCGCCACCAGCUGCUGCGCUUCUUCCUCAAGAGCCCUCCGUCCAGCGCUACAGCCGGGGACGAGGAGGAGGACGUGGCGGCGGCUGUAGCGCGGGAGACGGCGGGGCUGCUGCCGCGCGACCUCAGGGCGCUGACCGCCGACGCUGCUGCCGCUGCCAUCUGCCGCUCGCUGCCCCCCGGGGGAGCUGCCAUGCAGACGGCUGUGGGCAGUGCAGGCGUGGCAGAGGGUCGGGGUGGGGAGGAUGGCAGUGCGGAGACGAGCAGCGGAUGCGAGGGGGAGGGGAAGGCGGAGGUAGAGGGGGUCAGGGAAGUGGAGGGCGGAAGGGGAGCGGAGGGGAUGGCGGGGGGGCUGGCGGUGGGGAGGGGCGACAUGGAGGAGGCGAUGGGGGCGGUGAAGCGGCGCGUGGCGACGGUGAUCGGCACUCCCAAGGUGCCCAACGUGCGGUGGGAUGACAUCGGUGGGCUGGAGGACGUCAAGGCUGCCAUCCUCGACACCAUCCAGCUGCCGCUGCGGCACCGGCAUCUGUUUGCGUCUGGGCUGCGGCAGCGCUCCGGUGUGCUGCUGUACGGCCCGCCGGGCACAGGCAAGACGCUGCUGGCCAAGGCGGUGGCAACGGAGUGCUCGUUGAACUUCCUGAGCGUCAAGGGUCCGGAGCUGAUCAACAUGUACGUGGGCGAGUCGGAGCGCAACGUGCGCGCCAUCUUCGCCAAGGCGCGCGCCGCCCGCCCUUGCGUCGUCUUCUUUGAUGAGCUCGAUGCCCUUGCGCCCGCCAGAGGGGUUGCUGGGGACUCAGGGGGUGUCAUGGACCGCGUUGUCUCCCAGCUGCUGGCUGAGGUGGAUGGCAUAGGGUCCACGUCAGCAUCGGAUCUAUUCCUGGUGGGCGCCAGCAACCGCCCCGACCUCAUCGACCCCGCGCUGCUGCGCCCGGGCCGCUUCGACAAGCUGCUCUAUGUGGGCGCUGGCUCCACCGCUCUGCACCGGUGCAGGGUGCUGCAGGCGCUGACACGGCGCUUCCAGCUGGCAGGGGGGGUGUCGCUGCAGAGCAUCGCCGACCGCUGCCCCGCCACGCUCACGGGUGCCGACCUCUACGCCCUCGCUGCCGACGCGUGGCUCUGCGCUGCCAAGCGCACCGUGGGGCACGCCAACACACCAGGCCGCUCUGCUGCACGCUCCAAGGGGCACGGCGUGGAAGGUGGAAAGGAGGGUGAAGGGGACGAUGCGGUGGUGGUGGAGCAAGCAGACUUCCUCAAGGCCUUGUCACAGCUGACCCCCUCAUUAUCGGCGUCAGAGCUGCAUCGCUACGAGGCUUUACGAGAGCAGUUCCAGCCAGCAGGGCGAAGCCGUGUCGCGGCUUAG